ACACUACGCUCUUUACCUAAAGACUUAAAACACUUUCCUUUACUAGAAACAUAUUCAAAUAAAGAUAGGAGCGGUGGGGAUCGGUCACAUCGGUGGAGACGCCCAUCGCCUCCUAACGGAUCUGAUUUAUAACUAAUGGGGUUUUUUUGGCAGUUAAAACUCUGCGUUGAGUCAAGGUUAACAGAAGGACCAACAGUAGAACUAACGGUUCGUACUUCAAUAUGAAGAGCCCAGGAUACCUGGAAUAUAUCUACUGGGGGGGAAAGAGGAUCCUCUUCUCAUAAGGUGGAAGGGAGAAAAAAGUAUAGGAGAAGAUGGUGAGAAAUAAACAUAUUGGAGGGCGGCUCAAUCGCUCUUCCACGGGCAAGAACCAAAAGGCUGGCUCCCAGAUUUCAAGCAGCAAGGACCUGACACCUCCAGAUAAACCAGCCGAAGGUGACAUCCCAGCUAAUUCUCCCGAGCUCCAGACCAUCAGCGAAGGUCAGCUGGGUUUUCCGGACAGAGUCUACCUGCUUGCAUCAUUCAUCUUCCAGAAUCACCACCUGGAGAAGCCCCCUGCCCAACGGUUGGUGAGUUAUGGCAAAGGAAGAGCACUCUCCCUACCCAGAGUCAAAGAUGAGGAGAUGCAGCGCACAGCCUACGAGCUGGCCUUCAAUACACUGAAAUAUCAAGAGCUGCUGGAGGACAUCAUGAUUGACAGCUGCUUUUACCUCACUCAGCCAAUGCCAGAUGAUCAGAUGUGCCUUGUUGCCGUCAUGCUCUACGACUUCCAGGACAGAAAGUUUCUCCCAAGGGAACGCCAACGGGACGGCGAGAUUGAACAGGAAGUCAGAGAUGUGGAGAAGUACCUCCUUAGGUUUAAAACCAAGCUGGCAGCCUCUCUGGCGCGCUGCAGGAUCAAACAUGAUCUCCUGUCCAUCGAGUGUAUCCUGCCGGAGAGUUUGAAGACCAAGCAGGAGAGAUCAAGCAGCCUUCCACUUUAUGCAUGGGUCAACACGCUGGAGAGCAGCCUUGAUGAGGUCCAAAGUGUGCUGAAGAGUGCGGGAUUCUCACAGGUGAAAUCGAUCGGUCAGCUGGAGGGCGAGACCUUCUGCCAGGAUCCCCACUGUGGGGAUAUACUGGUGUUCCCUGCUCAGCUCAAAGCUCAGCUGUACACCACCAAGCUGCUUAGCAACCACAAACUCAUCAUCCAGGAUAAGUCCUGCAGCCUGGGCCCACAGGCCGUGUGCUCCCUGCUGCCAGAAGAAGGAGAUGUUCUUAUGUUGGGAUGCUUCUCCGGUCUCACCGUCUCCCACACUGCCUGCCUAGUUGCGGAGAAACGUAAAGGAGUUGGCAGCAACCAGCCCACAGUCUACGUUUGUGUCAGUGACCGUACAGACGCUCAGAGGGAGGAGCUGCAGCAGGCCGUCACCGCCAUGGGCUGCAGGAAUGUGAAGCUGAUACCAGAGGUCUUCCAGUCUUUGGACAACGAUGACAAGCGACUGCAGAAGGUGCGCGUCAUCCUGCUGAACCCAAAGUGCUCUGUGUCUGCAGUCAGCAACCCGGUGGACUUCAUACUGCAAGAGAAUGGAGACACAGAACUGCUGCAGGACUUAUCUCAGGGCUCGAUCGCCCCGAGCAGACUGCAAGCUCUGGUGGCCCAGCAGAGGAAGGAUAUUGAUCAUGCCUUGAAGUUUCCGAGGGUUUUGUCGGUGGUGUACUCAACCUGUUCAUCAUACCAAGAGGAGAAUGAAGAGGUAGUGAGCAGAGCACUGGAGCACGCCAAGGCCCGCUCAGAGCAGGAGGGAGAACCCAAACAAGCAAACUUCAGGCUUUCUCCAUCCCCGUUCAGUAUUCCUGACGAUGCAGCGGGCCCAGAGGAAACAGAGCCCUUCUUCAUGUUGGAGCCCUCAGAACAGAGCAAUGGCUGCUUUCUGGCUGUGCUCAGUAAAGAGCCUGAGCCAGUGGUCAAAGAGGCCCCACGUGACGUGCUUGUCAGAGCAAAUGCUAAAGGCAUACUGGAAAGGAUCGGCACCAAAAAAGAACAUCACGGACACACCAACAGGAUGAAAAAAACAAGCCAUGUUCCCAACUCUCAGCCCCAGUUCUCUGCUGUAAAGAACGGGGAGACCAAGGGCAGCAACAGCACUAGUUUGUGUGGACAGGAGUUUACUAACAGGCGGCCGUCACUGCAAGGAAAAGCCAAAGCAAUGCGCGUGCAGGUCUCAAAGAACACCGGGUCCAGCUCCUUCUCUUCCACCAAACCAGGAAACAUCACACCCAAGAGAAGCCUCUCCCCAAUAUUGGACAUCCCAACUUCUUCCCCCAGGACGCAUUCUGCAUCUCCCCCCGCCCCCCCUCCUCCGACCCCAGCGGUCCGUACCCGCAGACCACCCCAGGAGCCGCUGAAGCCCAUGGUGCUCGUCCUGCCCACCAUUCACUUCCCCAGCUUCUUUCCAGCUCAUCCCAACUACAACAAGUGGAGGGAUCCCGCCCAGAGCGUCCCCCUGUCCCGUUCCAGUGGGGGUCUCUCCAAGGAUGCUAUGGUCAAAUCCCGGCCUCUGUUUUGAGCUCAGAAACAGAAAUAUAAAAAAAUCGAACUGCAUUCCCAGAGUUCAUGUGGAGUGCAGAUUGUAGCCACGAGCUACAGAAGCAGUGUGACAGCAGACUCUUUCUCCUACUGCUGUAUGUGCGCAUGUGUGUUUGUUCUUUGUGAGUGGGAGUAGACUGGCUGGAUUUACAGAGGAAGAGAGAAUAAAGUUAACCCUUACACAGAUUACCCUUGGCAAAGCUUUGAUAACUGUCACACGUCUGCCUAAGUCAAUUGAUCUGGAUUUUCCUACUACCACAUACUGUAAGUCUUAGGUGUAUGCAUAAAGAUUCCUGAGGAAAUGUUAAGUUUGACAAAGCAAUGUAACAUUCUUGAACAUUAAAAACUUACUUUCUUUAUAAUUGAUUCAAAAACUUACAAUCUUAACUAAUUAAAAGCUUCAAAAUACAUUACAAAUGAUUACAUUUGGUUUGCUGAUCUAUGUAUCCAUCAGUAAUGGAAAGCAAAACGUGUUGACUUACAAUCUUUAAAUGUGAUUCUGUAAAUUGAGCUGAGAGUAACCUUUUACUCAGGUAUGGGUCAGAAAAAGGCCAAAUAAAAAAUCCAGUCAUGAUCAAAUUAAGAUGACUUGUGCUAAGAGCAUCGUGUGUUUACCACUCUUCUUACGAGACCUUUUUUAACUCAUUAAACAUAAAACAUGCAAAAUCAAAAC